AUGUUUCUUCUCUUUGCUCUGCUCACUGAGCUUGGAAGUUUGCAAGCCCACCUUGAUGCUAAAGGAAUAUUUCUGCAUGUCACCAUUCCACAGAAGAUAAGGUUUAAUGAGAGUGAAGAUUCAGAGAAACAAAUGAUUUAUAGCAUCACAGUUGAUGAAAAACAAUACAUUCUGCAUCUCAAAAAGCACUCAUUCUUAUCCCAGAGAUUUUUGGUUUAUACAUAUAAUGCAAAUGGAUUUCAUUCUGAUUCUUCAUACAUUAAGAUGCACUGCAAUUACCAAGGGUAUGUUGCAAGUUUUCCAAAUUCAGUUGCAACACUCAGCAUCUGUUCUGGACUCAGGGGAUUCCUUCAGUUUGAGAAUAUCAGUUAUGGAAUUGAACCACUGCACUCCUCAGCAAGAUUUGAGCAUAUAAUUUAUCAAAUGAAAAAUGACAAUGCAGAGAUACCAACAUUAGCAGAAAAUCACAGCAAUAUUUGGAAGAAAGAUCAGCCCUCUAAAGAGCUAUUAAAUUCACAGGUAACUGUGAUGAUUCUCAUGUUGUGA